AUAAUGUAUGUCUUAUUGGUAACACUUGUUUUUCAAUCUUUUAUGUAGAACAUUAGAAGGAAAAACAUCUUCACCUUCAUUUUGGUGAUUUUCUGAACCCAUGGCAUCCAUAUAAAGAUGUGAAUAAAGACCCAAAUGUUCAAGUCUUAUUUCUUAAACUAAUGCAGAGGAGAUUUGUUGUUGAUUGACAAGAGUGAGACUUCUACAGAGUUUUACUUUUAGGAAGUAGACCUGAUCCGCUUCCAACUGAUCCUUUCUUAUCAAUCUAGUUAUGAAAGCAACCCUGGAAGGAGGAUUGUUUGCAGUAUAGCUCAGCCUUUUAUUGUUGGGUUAAGCCCCUAGAAAUGGUGAGUUGGAAGGGAGAAAUUUUCAUUUACCCUUUCAUGUUCAUUCUAAUAACCAUUCAGAGCAGUAGAAAGGUAGGGCAUAUUUAAUUUGCUUAUUAUAUGCUCAGGCCCUGGAUUGGAGAUAUUCUUUUGGAUGGUUCUUCUGAAAAUUUGUCUAGGCUUCUCAAUUCUAAUUUAAUUCAUAAUAAGAACUGUUUUGUGUUCUGUAUGCCAUUUGGUAGUUGUUUCUUUUUAGUUUAAAUGAUAUUGAAUUUCGUCUGUGCAUAACUAUACAUGCUUUUCAUUAGCUACCUUUGUAUUUCUUUCUAGUAUAAAAUAUCCUUAAAGUCAAAGGAUGCAUCAUUGGUUAAAAAAUCUUUUUUAGAAAGAGGAUUGAGUAAAUGUGGAUAUAAAAGUUAGAGAUUUGACAUUGAUUGCUUGAAAGUACUAGGAUUAUUUUUUUUCUUUAUGUAAUAGUUGAAAAUAUUUGGGCAAGAGACAAGUCAAUUAAUAGGUAUGUUUCAACAUUUAUUUGACUUUGGACUGACUUCUCCACUGGGAGAAGGGACUUUUUGUAACUUUUGCAUCCCUUAAUUCCUAGGUUGUGUUUUUAAAUUCUGAUCUGAACUGGACAAUCAUUUACUGUCUAAUGAUGUGCAUGAUACUUUUGAAAUACACAAACUCUCUAAGGGUUGUUUAUUUCUCUUAGAAAACAUCACAAUCAUGCCAUUUCAUUUUCCUCACAGUUUACAUGUCUGCAUUUGGGGCAGGUUUAUUCAUUCAUUUGUGCAUCAAUUCAUCAGAUACCUACAAAGCCAGGACUCUAUUUGAAAAAAAUGCUGCCCCAAUUUUGCAUUUAUCUGGCAUGGAUGUGACUGUCAUUAAGACAGAUUAUGAGGGACAAGCCAAGAAGCUCCUGGAAUUGAUGGAAAGCACAGAUGUGAUCAUUGUUGCUGGAGGGGAUGGAACCCUGCAGGAGGUUGUUACUGGAGUUCUUCGAAGAACAGAUGAGGCUACCUUCAGUAAGAUUCCCAUUGGAUUUAUCCCACUGGGACAGACCAGUAGCUUGAGUCAUACCCUCUUUGCCAAAAGUGGAAACCAAGUCCAACAUAUUACAGAUGCUACACUUGCCAUUGUGAAAGGAGAGACUGUUCCACUUGAUGUCUUGCAGAUCAAGGGUGAAAAGGAACAACCUGUGUUUGCAAUGACCGGCCUUCGAUGGGGAUCCUUCAGAGAUGCUGGCGUCAAAGUUAGCAAUUACUGGUAUCUUGGGCCUCUAAAAACCAAAGCAGCCCACUUUUUCAGCACUCUUAAGGAGUGGCCUCAGAUUCAUCAAGCCUCUAUCUCGUACACGGGACCUACAGAGAGAUCUCCCAGUGAACCAGAAGAGACCCCUCCCCGGCCUUCCUUGUAUAGGAGAAUAUUACGAAGGCUGGCAUCAUACUGGGCACAACCACAGGAUGCCCUCCCUCAAGAGGUGAGCCCAGAGGUCUGGAAAGAAGUGCAGCUGUCAACCAUUGAACUGUCCAUCACAACACGGAACGGUCAGCUUGACCUGACAAGCAAAGAAGACUUUAUGAACAUUUGCAUUGAACCCGACGCUGUCAGCAAAGGAGACUUUAUAACUAUAGGAAGUAGAAAGGUGAGAGACCCCAAGCUGCAUGCCGAGGGCACCACGUGUCUCCAGGCCAGCCAGUGUGCCUUGCUUCUGCCCGAGGGAACAGGGGGCUCUUUCAGCAUUGACAGUGAGGAGUAUGAAGCGAUGCCUGUGGAGGUGAAGCUGCUCCCCAGGAAGCUGCAGUUCUUCUGUGACCCCAGGAAGAGGGAACAGGGGCUGCAGAGCACAGCCCAGUGAGCCGGUGGGAGACGGGUGCUCCGAGGCUGUACGUCAGGCUACCAGCGGGACCAAAAGGGAACAGGUGCCUCAGCUGUCCCAGCAGUGCUGUCAGAGGAUCCCAAGGGCAUUUUCGUGGCAAGUACCCCUCUGCCUUCCUCCAGCAGCGCUUCCCAAGGUAUACUCUGCCACUGCUUGACAGUCAGCUUCCGCAUGCUUUUAUUUUGGUGUUAACAGUCAACCCUCCUACAUACUGAUUUUCCUCAGGCUGGUUCAAGUAGUUCUCACAUUCAUUGGAUGGAGAAGAGCUUUCUUUUGUUUUCUCCCCAAGUGCAACCACAGUGGAGAGCAGGCUCCUGAGAUUGUCUAUGCUCCCCCGUUCCUGCUCUGUUAAACCGUCCAGGAAUUCCAGGGACAGUGCCACCCUUCCCAUUUCUAGGCUCCUCCAGGGGUGGAGCUCUGGUUCUUUUUAGUUUUCGUUUGAGUUCUGUCCUCAAUCCAGAAACAUGUGAGGUGGUUUCCCUCUUCAGCCAUGGCUAAGAUACCAUAAAAUGCUAGUUUUUAUUUUUUUACAGUAUUGCUUCUUAAAUGUUGGUUUGCAUGAGAACCACAUGGGGUGCAUGUUGAAAACUCAUUUACUUGGGGCCUACCCCAAACCUGGUAACUCACUUUGGGGAUGGGCCUUAAAAACUGGCCACUCUUCCUAGGAGAUUCUAUAAGUGGUCCCUCAACCUUACUUGGAGAAAGUGUUUUACAGCAGUCAUCCAUAAACUAUUCUGCUCAUGUACCCCCAAAGUAUUUUGAAAAAUCAUGUAUUUCCUCACACAUCUAUGUUGAAACCUAAAAUAGCUGCCAAAGUAUGUACUUUCUGGUGUCACGUAAAUAUUAUUUUAAAAUAACUGUUACAUCACUCUAUCCAGUGUAAUUUAAAUACCAUACCAAUUUGACAGCCUUUGUUCAUAUAUAAAAAUAAAUGAACUUGCCCUUUAGUAGAAAAUUUUAAA